AUGCUGGAGGACGGCCGCCUCUGCGGCUUCAGCGGCACGUCGCUGUUGGUGUUGCUCGUUCUUUUCUGCCUGCAACCUGCGGGCGUCGCCUGUCGCAUGAAAUGCUCGGCAAGCGGUUUGUGCCCCGGCAGUUACCUGUGCUGCCACAAUCAACAUUGCUGUCUGCCGUCUGAGAGAAUCGCAGAGAUAGCUGGUGCAACUGGUGGCGUCAUUCUUCUACUCGGAGGCGUGGCUUUCUGUUGUAUCCAGUGUUGCAGGACCAGAAGACAAGAUGCCAGCAACCCAGUACUGAGGUUACCUGCCGUCGUUCCGACUCCGACACCAUCCACAGGCGGUGAUGGCGACCUCUGCACGGAGACCUCGCCACUUAGUCACGACCACCGUGUGACGUAUGGGUCUCAUCAGGACAUUAGCUCGACAUCGUCUCGCCUCAGCAAGUCGUGAAGCCUAUGUAUUUCCGCAAACGAACCAUAAGGAGGUCGAGGAUAACGGAGGAAGUGUUAACCUUGCUGAGGCGACAAAUCAACUAGGGAAAACUGUGCGCGGGGGCCAUAACUUGAGCAUUUCAAGCAGACCAUCGCUUUGGGAAGGGUAUUGACUAAUGCUAUUUGGACAACAAGGUGGAGAACUUUGGUGUGGUCAUAGCAAACUGUUUUAUGGACUUUGAACUUCUUGAAUGUGUUAAACUGUGUCCCAUGUUGGGAAUUGAAUCCAUACCUUUGUUUUUCGUAGAUAACUUACUAUUAAUUGAGCUAUCCAACGAACUUCAGGUUUCUAUGGAGAACAUCGUUUUCUUCCUGUUCAUACACCUCGAGUAUACUCCUCCAUUCAUCGCUGGACUAGCGCACCUGGGACAGAUGAAAGUGACGAAGAUUUGUUAUUCUUAGAUUGCGGUCUAGAGACGAUAUGUCGGUUGGUGACUCGUAGCAACUGUUUUUGAAGCAGCAGGUUCGCUAUACAGGGGGUUCUGAAAUUACGAAAUUCCCGUUACAAACUUCUAUGACUUGUA